UGUCCGUGUGUCCUCGAGGAGUUGGAACCAGGGUUCCACUUGACAAGGGUGAUGUGGACAAAGCGACAUCCAAUGUCAGCAAAUCGAAGAAGAAGGCAGACAAGGUUCCUCCUCAUCGGGACAACAAGUCAAAGUUCAGCCACCCCUGGCUGCUAUCUUCCUUGAAGGGUCACAAUGACAAUGUUCUGGACAUGAGCUUCAGUCCAAAUGGCAAAUAUUUGGCAUCAUGUUCCAUGGAUCGGAGCGUACUGCUGUGGCAGACGCGCCAUUUCUCCGAGCGGGAGCACAAGUCGACGCGCGUGAACGUCGAGUUCGACCACGCCACCGGCGUGAGCUGGAGUCCCGACAACCACGCGCUGCUGUGCGCCAAACACAACGAGAACCGGCUGCAGGUCUACAAACUGAGCAAAAAGUCGGACGGCACGCUCGGCAACCCGCAGGUGGCCGUCACGUUCGAUAAGCUGGACGACGAUCCGCUGGUGGGCAGCGGUAUCUCCAGUAACGGCGGCUCGGCGGAGCAGCGUCACAGCGCCGGCCACUACGUCAUGUGCUGCUCGGAGCGGGGACGACUGACCGUGUUUGACCUGAGGGGCGGCGUCCUGGCCUCCACUGACACCCGUCAGGCGCCCGUGCACGCCGCGCGCAUAUCACCCUGUGGACGGUUCAUCAUGUCGGCAGGGUUCACGCCGGACGUCAAGGUGUGGGAGGUGGCCUUCACGCGCUCGGGCGACUUUGACAAGCUGAGCCGGGCGUUCGAGCUGAAGGGGCACACGUCCGGUGUGCUGGACCUCAGCGCCACCCCCGACAGCUUCCGCAUGGUGACCGUGAGCCGAGACGGCACCUGGAAGCUCUUCAACACCAACGUCGAGUACCGGAUCGGCCAGGAUCCGCAGCUGAUCCAGUCGGCUCCCUGCGGCGGCGGAGAGUCGGGCUCGGCCUCGCGCGUGGCCCUCUCCCCCGACGGCUGCACGGUGGCCGUCGGCGCCCGCUCGGACGUCCAACUCUUCUCGGCAGAGACCGGAGACAUGAUGGCCACGCUCGCGGCGCUACACAGCAGUCCGAUCACCUGUAUGCUGUUCGAUCCGACCAGUCGCUACCUGCUGACGACUGGCGACAAGCACAUACGGAUACUGCACAACGUUCCUGGCUGCAGGGUCAACAUACAGGUGAUGAAAGACAAACUUGCCAAGACCACCAACCACACCCUGAAGGAGCGGCUGACCGCUCAGGUGAAGGAACUACAGGCUUUUCUGAGCACACUGGGUGAGUGAGUCACUGACCACUGAGCCCAGGAGAGAAGCCAGUGGUCGUUGUUGGUCUCUGGAGUCAUGGGAGAGAGGACGUGGGGACGCGGCGAGCGCGCUGAGGACAGGGAGAGAUGAGGAAAUAAUUUGGCGAGGGAGGGUGCCGUGUUUUACCGCUGCUCAGUGGCGUGAUAAGUUAGAGGCGAGAUCUGGCGACGGAUCAACCCGCCACCGGCAGUAGAGGCCGUCCGCGGGACGGUGCCACCGAUAAUCAAUACAAAGGAGCGAGGUUUUGGGCAUCGGGCGAGCCUGCUGGGCAUUGGGGCAUACUGGGGUUGACGCUGGGCUAAUGGAACGCUGUGCUAACCAUACUGAUAUUGUCAGUGACUGAUCGCGCCUGGGUCGACCGCCGCGGUUGUGGAGUUAACGUUUGUUGUGUGUUGAACGAUCAUUUGCGAACGCGGACGGGGCCGAUGGAUAACAAUCCAGCCUGUGGUUGCCUAGUGCCCACUGCGUGGGCUUGGCAUUCCCCUGCACGCGCGAAAAGGCAUUCCCGUGUAAGCUAGACACCACAACUAUCCAACCGACCGGAGGUGUCGGUCGUGACGAUCGUCGUGACACGUUUCGUGAUGAUCGACGUGACACGUUCCGUGACGGCUUCCUAUCACGUUCCGUGACGCCGUACCCGACCCGGCACUGUCGGGGCUGCCAGAUUUGUGAUAUGCCGUGUUGUGGUGCCACACUUAUCAUGUUCAUCUCGCAGGGUUGCAGUUUCAAAUACAAAUGUUUUCUGUGGA